AUGGAGUUAGCAGACGCAAUACCGGUUACUUUCAAAGAAAUUACUCCAAGUUAUUGCUUGCCCGAUAAAUGGAAAGAAAUCACUUUAAAUACUGGUGGUACUCACAGUACGUUGCAAGAUAUAAAACUACCUCAAAAAGCUGGUGGGUAUUGGUAUAGAGAUUCUGAAAAGAGUAGCACAAGGAACAGAUUCAUAUAUUGGCAAACUACAUCAGAUGCAAUUGAACUAUCAGAGGCAUCUUUGGAUGUAAAUAUUUCGAAUUGCAAUUUAAGAUGUAAAGUGGCAUCAGGCACACCACCAUUAAACAACAUAUCAUUUUAUGAAAAACCAUCAUCUCAACAAGUCAUAGUAUUGGCUGCUACUGUGUCUUCUGUUCAUAGAUUAAUAUUUCCACACCCAGACAGUCUAGAUAAAAAGGCUACUUUUGGAGCUCUCAGCAAUACAACAUCAUCAAUAUUUUAUGACACAAGUGCCAUUAAUAAUCCAAAUAACUACUAUAUCCUAAAUCAGUAUUCAACAUCAAAUACAGGUGUUGCUCAUUCAUGUUCAUCAAUAUUAAGAGACAAUGGGGAAGCUGUGUUUGCCCUGGCCUUUGGUUAUGGUGGAGAAGGAGGACUAUUACUUGUUAAACUACCUGUUACUGGUGCUGCUGUCACUACAGUUUUGAAACGGGAGUCUAAUGUGCCUAGGUUUUUGUCGGGACUAACUGGAGCUUUGAGGGGUAAAGCCAGCACAGAAGGUAUAGAAACAUAUGGAGUUGUUCUGACAAAUGGACUUGCUAUUGUUAUCUGUGGGGAUACAUGUCUGCGUGUCUGGCAUUUUGAUGAGGGUGGAGCACCAAUAUCAGUAUCAGCUCCUUUAUCACAAACAGUAGCCAGACCUAAGCCACCUCCGCACAGUCACAUGCUCCAAAGUACAAAAGGAUUGGAUGGCAGUACACUUUUAGUUGCAUAUCUUUCAUUCCCCAAUGAGUCAAAAUUUAUUGUGAUGAAAAUGCAUGACGCGGGCACUGCCGGAGUCAAAUUUUCGCAAAUUCAUCAUAUUAUGGGCCCUAAGCUGGAUCUCCUUGAUUAUACAAUUGGUUAUGGUGACAACAGUCACGUUAUUUGGGCUUUAUGGUCACAACCUGAUGGAGAUGCUGUCAUAACAAGUUGUGCCAUCGGUCCUGACGUUUCUUGGCGUGCAGUGGCCAGUAAGGAGCCAUUGUCUCCGCUCCCACAACUAUCGUCUCAUCAACAGUACCGCGAUCGCUUGUUAGCUCCUGGACUAUUUCCCACAUCCGUUAUAAAAAAGGCACUUGUGAUUUAUCGUCGCACGUGGGGUGGUAACGAAUCAGUAAUGGAAACUGAAUUUGGCGAUAGCUGCGUAAGCGCAGUGCAGACACGAUUAAGAAAUCUUACUGCGCGGGCCGCGGCGCCUGACCACUCGCAUCUUAUGCACAAAUGCUGGUCGGAUUUGUAUAGUUGGUGUAUGCAGUAUAUGGAAGGUUUACAAAAGCCAUUGGGAUUAAUGGUUUCUAAACAUAAGGCUGACGGCGAGAUAGGCUGGUGGUGUGCGGUAGUUCGGCGCUCUGGAGUAUCUUUGGUUCGAGAACUGGAGCCUUUGGAGCAAAUGAUGCUCGCCGAUGACGUCACGGCUCUUCCUACAGGCUCUAUAUGCGACCUGUCCACGGACGCCCGUCGCGUGGUAUGCGCAGGCGCACGCUGGGAGCGUCUAGUGAGUGCGUCGGGAGCGGCAGAUCUCGAAAGGCGAUUGUUCGCGUGUGCUGCGCCGCAACAUCGUUUACUCCCCAGGCUAUUACAUUUGCUGACGGAGCAUGACCCUACACCGAGUUUAACACCAGAACAGGCAAAGUUGACUUCGAUCUUGGAGCCGAUUAAAGAUUUACAAAAUGCUGUUCUGGAAUUGAACGAUGCGUUGAGAUUAGAUGUACCAGAAAUUGAUACAUCCAAAAGCGACGACGAAGACACCAGCGAAUAUGAUAAUUUGUUUGCAAGUGAUCUCGGUGUUGCCAUUGUUACUGAAGCGAUCCGACAAAUGGCAGAAAUGAGGUGUCGCGUGGUACGAGGGGCUCUGGCAGCACUGGGUACAGUAAUGGGUGCUGGAGGAGUACCAGGUGCUGGUCACUGCGCAGUUCAUUGGCAGGCGUAUAGGGCACUGUUAUGGCUACACUCUGCUGUACUACAACAAACGACAGCAGGAGGUACAGAAAGCUUCCGUCUUAAGCUAAGCGCUUUAGGCGGUGAAGCGAUCGAGUGGAGCUCUGAGGCCUCGGGUGCGGUCGUCCACGUGUACGUGCACGGCGCGGGCGGCGAAAGGGCACGUGCACAUCUAGCCACUGCGAGAGCACAUACAGCUUGGCAUCGCUCUUUACCGCUACUCGCGUACCAUCUUGCACAUCAACUUUGGGCCGUAAGCGGAGGUUUUGAAUUUGGUUGGUGGCUGGCUUCCAUCAAUCAGCCACGGCUUGUACAGAGCUACGUCAAUAUGCUGGAACCCUGGUGCGAGUGGAAUGCUUGUUCCCGUCAAUUCAUCCUGGGUCUCUCGCUACUGGAGCUUGAAGACUCUGAAGGCGCAUACACGGCGUUCUGUCGCGCGGCGAAAGGAGUUAGCACCGAGCCAUUUCUACGUCAAUUAGUGGCCGAACCACACGAUAGACUGGCUUACCAACACGCCCUUGUGCUGUUUUGUAUGAAAGUAAUUAAAUUGUUCGAGAUUCACGACGCUGGCGCCUGUGUAGUUCGAUUAGCAGAAACUGCAAUAUCAAUUGCUGAUAAGGACGAUCCAAAUCUGGUGAGUACAAAUUUUAUUAAUGCAAAUAUUUCCAACGUCUACCAGUAA